AUGGAACCUCAGUUGUUGUGCUGCGAGGGGGACAGGCCUGCUAUCCGGAGGGCCUACCGGGACUCCAACCUGUUGACUGACCGGGUCCUGCACGCUCUGUUGCGGGCAGAAGACAAGUACCUCCCCGCUCCCAACUACUUCAAAUGCGUCCAGAGAGAAGUAGCCCCGUACAUGAGGAGGAUAGUGGCUACCUGGAUGCUGGAGGUGUGUGAAGAGCAGAAGUGCGAGGAAGAUGUUUUCCCUCUGGCUAUGAAUUACAUGGACCGUUUCCUGUCAGUGGAACCCACCAAGAAGAACCACCUGCAGUUACUGGGAGCUGCCUGUAUGUUCCUGGCAUCCAAACUGAAGGAAACAAUCCCACUCACUGCUGAGAAACUCUGCAUCUACACAGACAACUCUGUCACACCGUCUCAGCUGCUGCAAAUGGAGCUGCUGGUUCUGAACAAGCUGAAGUGGGACCUGGCUUCAGUGACUCCGCUUGACUUCAUUGACCACUUCCUGUCGCAGCUGCCUGUCAGGAGAGAGAACAGACCCAUACUCAGAAAGCACGCUCAGACCUUUGUGGCGCUGUGUGCCACAGAUGUUAAGUUCAUAGCCAGCCCCCCGUCCAUGGUAGCAGCAGGCAGCAUGGUGGCAGCAGUGGAGGGCUUGCAGAUGAGAAUGGUGGGCAACGCCAUGAUGUCUCAGAAACUGACAGAGCAGCUGGCGCAGACCAUCAGGAGCGACCCGGACUGUCUCCGGGCGUGUCAGGAACAAAUCGAGUCGCUGCUUGAAACCAGUCUCAGGCAGGCACAGCAACCACAGCAACCACAUAAUGCAGUUACCAUGGAAACUAAGAACAUCAGUGAGGGGCAGGACCUCUCGACUACGCCCACAGAUGUCCGGGACAUAAACAUCUGAUUGCCAGUCAUACAGUGGGGUGAACUGGUGAAGUGGAUGGUCAUUCUGGACAUGCUCAAAUAACAAAAAGACACGCGGCUUUUGUUUGACAUGAUGUAGUGUGUGUUUUCCAUCGCUCCGAAGUGACCGGACUCAACAGUGUGUCAGAACUGUUAACAACAUGAAGUCCAUUCUGAACUGUGGCGGGGGCCAGAAGGAGAGGCUGACUGGACAUCAUCUCGUCCAGGACACUGACAACCUUAAGACUGGAAUUCGGCUCUCACUGCAGAAAUGACUGUAAGAGUAACAUGUGUUCACCUGUGGGUGACAGCUGGUGCCAGCAGGCUGCACCCACCAAGGCGUUGAAGGCCUAUAGGUCUCUCUUAACCUACAUCUCAGUUCAUUAAAAGUCUUAUCUGUUGAUCACUGCCUCUGCACUGCAGAAGUCAACAGGUUACUCUUAAGAGACCUUUUUUAGGAGUAAAAGUGAGGUAUUUCUACGUUUAUCUUUUAUCAUUUUUAGCAGUUUGAUAAAUAUGGGCCCAGACACUUGCCCUCUUACGGACAAUAAAAUGUGUUCUGUGAUUAACAGUAUGGGCUGUGAGACAUGAUGCACGACUGGCAAAAGAAAAAAAAGAACAACAGUAGAGGUUUCCACAUUGGACCAAAAAAAGCACAUAUGGUUAUGUGCUAUUUGACUAAUAAAAUAUACCUUAGAAGUACCUAGAACAAAGUGAAACCGCUGUUCUAAUGUGAUGCAGUGUAAUGCACACUUUAUACCACUAGAGGGAAUGCAGAUAUAUGCUGAUGCUGAUGUUUAUCUGGGUGCUGUUGUUUCUGGUUGCUUGUCCCAUGUCAGUCCAUUGACGAGUAAUGUCAUUACAAGCUAUUGCAACUCUGAAUGAAUGCAUAAUGAACUGUUUUUCAAUCAGACAGGAGAAAAAUACCUUUUUUUAACUGUACAUACAGCAAGUCUUUCUGUUCUCCAGGAAAAAGCAAUGAAGCAGUACUAGUUUUGUAAAGUGUACUACUGUAAUUUGCUCUCAUAUUUAUUAUUUCUUAUCACUUGACUUGUACAGUGCUAAAAGUUCUUCUAAAAAGUGGAAAUUCUGUCAAAGACUGCUUUUCUGUAUUCAGCUACUCUAUACAUAAACACAUAACAAUGGUCCUGAAUGGUCUUGAAUAGAGAAACCACAACUAAAUACCUACACAGUGGUAUGAGUAACUUUUUAUUUUAAUUUUUUUAGGGUACUGCCCUCAUGACAUAAGCUCGUAUCAGGUGAAGCUCUGUGUUGGUGCACUGUUUGUCUGUCUUAGCACAGAGCAUAAAGAUGAAUUAAAGGAAAACUGUCUUA